GAAGCGGAGGGGUAGCAGGGCGUCUAGAGGGGCAAAACACUCCCGAACAUGAGGAGGAAGGAGAAGAGGCUGCUGCAGCUGGCCGGGCUGGUGGUCGCGGCGCUGCUGUUCCUGCCCAACGUGGGUUUAUGGUCGCUGUACCGAGACCGAGUGUUUGAGAACUCGCCUGCGUCGCUGGACGUCCACAGCGCCCGCGGGCAGGGACUGAACGGAGGGCCCAGGCCACCUGUGGGUCACAGUGGUCAGCGGAGGAAAGACUGGCACGAUUAUGAAGUGAUCAAAAGAGACGCAGCCCGAACAGGUAAUGGUGAACAGGGCAAGUCAUUCCCGCUGACCGACGCCGACCGUGUUGACCAGGCCUACAGAGAGAACGGCUUCAACAUUUAUGUCAGCAACAGAAUCUCCCUGAAUCGCUCGCUGCCCGACAUACGACACCCAAACUGUAAGCUGAAGCUGUAUGCAGAGAGACUUCCCAACACCAGCAUCAUCAUCCCCUUCCAUAAUGAAGGCUGGUCUUCUCUCCUCCGGACUGUCCACAGCGUCCUCAACCGCUCCCCGCCUGAGCUUAUAGCGGAGAUUAUACUGGUGGAUGACUUCAGCGACAGAGAGCACCUUAAGGCCUCUCUGGAGGAUUACAUGGUCCGCAUGCCGAAGGUUCGGAUCCUGCGCACUAAGAAGCGCGAGGGGUUGAUCCGGACGAGGCUGCUGGGCGCCGCUGCUGCUAAAGGAGAGGUCAUCACCUUCCUGGACUCGCACUGCGAGGCUAACGUCAACUGGCUCCCACCACUACUGGAUCGCAUCGCCCAGAAUCGGAAAUCGAUCGUGUGUCCGAUGAUCGAUGUGAUUGAUCAUGAUAAUUUUGGCUAUGAGACGCAGGCUGGUGAUGCAAUGCGAGGAGCAUUUGAUUGGGAGAUGUACUACAAACGCAUCCCGAUUCCUCCAGAGCUGCAGAAGGACGACCCCAGCGAACCCUUCGAGUCUCCUGUGAUGGCUGGAGGUUUGUUUGCAGUGGACAGGAGGUGGUUUUGGGAGCUGGGAGGAUAUGACACGGGGCUGGAGAUUUGGGGAGGAGAGCAGUAUGAAAUAUCAUUUAAGGUGUGGAUGUGUGGUGGGAGGAUGGAGGACAUCCCCUGCUCUCGGGUUGGCCACAUUUACAGGAAGUACGUUCCCUACAAAGUGCCCGGAGGGGUCAGUCUCGCCAGGAACCUGAAGCGUGUGGCGGAGGUGUGGAUGGAUGAGUACGCUGAAUAUAUUUACCAGAGGCGGCCGGAAUAUCGCCACCUGUCUGCGGGGGAUGUAACUGCGCAGAAGGAGCUGCGAGCCAGGCUGAACUGUAAGAGCUUUAAAUGGUUCAUGACGGAUGUGGCCUGGGACCUGCCCAAACACUACCCACCUGUCGAGCCUCCGGCCGCGGCGUGGGGCGAGCUGCGUAACGUGGGCAGUGGCCUCUGUAUGGAGAGUAAACACUUCUCCUCCGGUUCUCCACUCAGAGUGGAGACGUGUGUGAAAGGACGAGGAGAAGCAGCCUGGAAUCACGGACAGGUGUUUACAUUUGGUUGGAGGGAGGACAUCAGGGUCGGUGAUCCACUCCACACUAAGAAAGUAUGUUUUGAUGCCAUUUCGCACAACAGUCCAGUUACACUGUACGACUGUCACGGCAUGAAGGGAAACCAGCUGUGGCGCUACAAGAAGGAUAAGACUCUGUACCACCCCAUCAGUAACAGCUGUAUAGACCACAACCCCGCAGAGAAACGAGUCUUCAUGAACUCCUGUGACUCCAGCUCACCCAGCCAGCAGUGGAUUUUCGAAAGGACCAACUCCACCAUUCUGGAGCAGUUUAACCACAACCACGACUCCUGAAGCUCAGCACACUGAGCCCUCGGGGCUUUGGGACGUGGAUUUCUGGGGCCUGAAGCCAAAGCGAGAAAUCUGAUGUGCAGCCAUCACUUUCACAACAAACGACAAACAUCGAGGUUUUCCCCACACGGGCAUGAAGAGCAACACCAAUGAAAUUACGGAAAAAUCUCUCGUAUACACUUUUAGCAUUUGUCCUUUUAUGAACGUAGGCAAGAGUAACGUCUCUCCACCAGCCCACAGUCACAUUAGCAAGAGCUGCGGCCUCAAACAGUCAUAGUUUCAUUAGUAAGUUCGCUAAUGCCGGUUAAGCGCUUGUUUUAACCUUCUAACUAAUGACUGUGGCUAGCCAGCUACUUAGCUAGCCAGCUUUGUUCUUGUCAUUGGUAAAACUGUGAACAUAUGCAAGUCUUUUCACCAGCUUAACGUCAAAAUAGCACUAAAUUUCAAUCACGUUAGCGAAAACUAGGAGCUAUGGCCUAAAACAGUGAUUCAGUAAUGUUAGCUAACAUGCUAAUGUUGGCUAGGUGCCAGUUUUGCCCUUCUAGCUAAUGGCUAUGGCUAGCUGGAUAGCUAGCUUCAUUUAUAUCAUUGUUAUUAAAUACACAGCGUUAGCUAACAUGCUAAUGCUGGUUAGGUGCCAGUUUUGCCCUUCCUGUGAAUGAUGAUGGAUAGCCAGCCAGCCAGCCAGCCAGCCAGCCAGUUAAACACAAAUCUCAUUUGUUUCAGUCAGAAAUCUUUACAAUUUAAUUUCAGAUGGUUAUUUGUUGACGUCAUAUCAACUAGGGAUGUGCAAUAUGACAGAAUUUUGUGCGUUUUUCCUUUUUUUUUAACUCCUUAGCGCUAAAUUUCAUUCGCUUUAGUGAAAACUAGGAGCUUAUGGCCUAGAAGAGUCAUUUUCAUUAGGUAAUUGUUAGCUAACAUGCUAAAUGCUGGGUAGGUGUCAGUUUUGCCUUCCUGUGAAUGAUGAUGGAUAGCCAGCUAGCCAGAUAGCCAGCUAGCUUUCUUUGUCAUUGCUAUUGGUAAUUUGGCUAGUUGUGUUAAGCACAAAUCUCCUCGUUUCAGUCAAAAAUAAUUAUAAUGACAUUACAGAUGGUUAUUUGUUGAUAAGACAUUAAGUAGGGAUGUGCAAUAUGACAGAAUUUUGCGUUUCUCUCUUUUUAAUUUUUUUUUUAACUCAUUAGCAAGUUAGUUAUUAGAAAAUGUUAGCCAGCUUGCCAAUGCUGAUGAGGUGCCAGUGUUUGGCCAAACUAAUGUAAUCUUUAUUUUUACCACGCUGUUGGCAACUUUGUCAACAUUAGGCUAGCUAAUGUUACAGUUGUUUGGACAGCGUCUUUCCAUGGUUCAUGAUUACUUCACGUUGACCACCAGCCGUUAACCCAGUGUCCUGAAGGAAAGCGGAGAAGAGAAGCUAAAGAUGUUUAUUCUGGGAAUUUCCUUCAUCCUUCUUCAGACAUUUCCACCAAACUCGUCCUUCUCCUCAUCCCCCGUUCACCUGACAGCUGUUUAAUGACAGAAGCUCCCGGCAGAGGUCAGGAACACAGCCAGGCGGGCCUGUAAACGAGACAAGACUGAUGGCUUAUCACAGAUUUAGACUGUUUUGGCUUCAAACUCGGCCGUGUUGUAGUUUCAGGCCCCAGUGCAAUUAAAGCUGAGGCUGUUUUGAUGCACUAAACCUCGCGCUCCGUGUAAAGCAGCGGAUCGGAGGCAGUCGGAGGAACUCCGAGGACGCCUUCUCCCUUUGUUUUGAUGCAUAAAGCACUCAUAAAUGUUAAACUUGAAUCCAAUCCUUGUGCCUUGUUGUUUGAGAACGUUAUAUCGACCUGGCACAGAGUUUAAAUACGCUCCUGAUGUUUUUGUACAGACUGAGUAAAGAAACGACUGAAUGUUCAUCUGCGUCUGAAAUGCUGAACGCUGUCUUCUGUUUCGUUUGCUUUCUUUCUUUUCUGCUUCAUUCUUUGAUUGAUUUUUAGAUUCUCCAGCCCAGACACAUUUAAAUUACGCAUUUCUUCCCUUAUGAAGGUCACCAGAAAUGGGCUCUUUUUUGUUGGUUUGCUUAUUACUAUGAUUUCAGUUGCAGUUUUUAGGAAGACCACUGAAAGUAGGGCUGGGACCACUUAUGGAUUUAUCAGUAACUAACAGUAGCGACAGAACUGAUCUUGCCUGUUUGCGUGCAUACGCGUUCUAAGCUCCGAUCUUUGCUCUGAAACUCUGGUCCAGAUCAGUGUUAGUUCGGUGUUUGGUCAUUGUGGGGUCUUCUUACACCAAGUCAGUUAUUUUUUACGGAUAAUAAAUUGGGAUGUGAUUUUUAACAGACUAGAA